CUCCUCAGAGCAAAGUGUUCUGGAAACGCCACUGCGAAUUACAGGAUAAUGAAUCAAACCAAGAAGAAGAAGAAGACGAAGAAGAAGAAGAAGAAGAAGAAGAAGAAGAAGAAGAAGAAGAAGACGAAGAAGAAGAAUUUAUACUAUAUCGCCUCGGUGGAGAAGUGCCCCUCCGACUGGAUGGCUGCGUGAAACCAGCAGCGUUAUACAGUUCCAGUGAACCGUCCCCCCUCCCCACCCCACCCCUUCCCCUCCCUGUCACUUUUCACCGUCCACAUCUCACUUCUCAGUUACUCUAAUAUUUCAUUCUACUCAUCUUCCACCCAGUCUCAGUCCAUCCUCUCUCUCAUUUCUCAUUCUCCUGCCGCCUCGGCCGAGUUGAGACUGAGUCGCGUCCCUCCUUCACGAUGGUUGCUGAUCUCGACACGGCCUCUCAGGGCAGCGGCGUGAGGUUGAAGCAGGAGAUCUCCCUCCUCCAUGGUGUUUGUCUGAUUGUAGGAAAUAUGAUUGGCUCUGGCAUCUUUGUCUCGCCUAAGGGAGUGCUCAAGUAUACAGGCUCCUUUGGCUUGUCAUUGGUAGUCUGGGCCAUCGGAGGAGUGUUUUCAGUCUUUGGAGCUUUAUGCUAUGCCGAGCUUGGUACCACCAUUCGUAAAUCUGGAGCGUCCUACGCUUACAUCCUGGAAGCCUUUGGAGGCUUCUUGGCUUUUAUUCGACUAUGGACGUCCCUGUUAAUAGUAGAGCCAGCGUGUCAGGCGGUGAUAGCCCUGACCUUCUCCAGCUACCUGGUCCAGCCCUACUAUCCCACGUGCGCGGCCCCCUAUGAAGCUGUGCGCCUCAUCGCUGCUGCUAUCAUAUGUCUGCUGACGGGUGUGAACUGCAUGAAGGUGAAGUGGGGCGCUAUUCUUCAGGUCAUCUCCACUGUAGCCAAGGUUCUCGCUCUCAUCGUCAUCAUCGUAGCCGGCAUGGUGAAGCUGGCACAAGGCUUCGACCAAAACUUUGAGAACUCGUUCAAAGGCUCCAAGCUGGACCCGGGCGACAUGGCCUUGGCCCUUUAUUCAGCACUUUACUCCUACUCUGGCUGGGAUACGCUCAACUUCAUUACAGAGGAGAUCAAGAACCCAGAGAGGAAUCUGCCCCUUUCCAUCGGCAUUUCCAUGCCCAUCGUCACAGUGAUCUACAUCCUGACCAACGUAGCGUACUACGUGGUCAUGGAUGCAGACGAGGUGCUCAGCAGUGAGGCUGUUGCUGUGACGUUUGCCGACGAGGUGCUGGGCUGGGCUCGCUGGCUCAUCCCUCUCUCUGUGGCCAUUUCCUGUUACGGAGGCCUCAACUCUUCAAUCAUUGCGGCCUCGAGGUUGUUCUUCGUGGGCUCCAGAGAAGGACAUCUACCCAACGUUCUGUGCAUGAUCCACAUCAAGCGAUACACCCCGAUUCCUGCACUACUGUUUAACGGAGCCAUGUCUCUGUUUUAUCUGUCGGUCCCUGAUGUUUUCCGGUUGAUCAACUACUUCAGCUUUAACUACUGGUUGUUCAUCGGCCUAUCAAUAGCCAGCCAGAUCUACCUUCGGUUCAAAGCCCCUGAUCUGCACCGACCUGUUAAGCUCUCCUUGUUUUUCCCCAUCGUCUACUGCCUGUGCAGUGUGUUCCUGGUGGUGGUGCCCCUCUACAGCGACACCAUCAACUCUUUAGUGGGGAUAGCCGUGGCGCUGUCCGGCGUCCCCGUCUACUACGUCUGUGUCCAUCUGCCUCCCAGCUCCCGGCCAGCCUUCCUCAGCAAAAUGCUCGAUCACAUCUCUCUGUUCACUCAGAAACUGUGCAUGUGCUGCGUGGCGUCGCCGGACAUCGAUCUGGACAAUAUAGACCCGGACAAGAUAGAGUGAUGGAGGACGGGACCGCCCGGAGCGGUGGAAGAGGAAGCCUGCACAGGCUGUGAACUGCAGACAAUCAGAAAGAGAGGAGCACAACACACCUCCUGCCUUCUACUCCUCACACGCGCACGCACACACACACACACACACACACACACACACACACACACAUCACCAAUAAAGAAGCAGGAUUUAUUUAAACUGUGUACAUUUUCACUCUCCAGACAGCCGAGUAUCGAUAUAAACCAUGAAAACUUACGUGCACGCUGUGCAUUUCCGUCCACAGGGGCUCACACUGCAGCUCACACGUGCUCAUAAGCUAUUUACAGCAGGAAGUUUUUCGAUCAUUAGUUUAAAGGAAGUGUGUUGGUGUGGCAGCAACGAAGUGGGUUCAUGAACGCCGUUUUUUUUUUUUUUUGGACUCACACUGACCUCAAAGAACAGCACAGUUUUUGCACAGUUUGUCCGUUAGACUUCACUUUGUUCAUGAAAAGCUUUAUUCUGCUCCGCUCCUGAACUGAAGGACCAAAUGAACACAUCUGUUUUUCUCUCAUAGGAAGAGAAAAUUUACAAAGCGCUCACAUUCCUUGCUGAUUCUGUUUGUCUGUCAUUAUGAAAUGUUGCUUUGUGUUCUGAGUAAUUGUUAGAAGAGAAGUCAUUUUGCCUUUUGAGAUGUGUUGUCAAGGUACGUAUUUUUUCUUUACUUUUUGCAGCUGAACUCUAAUGUGACCUGCAGGGUCACUAUUUGAUCUUGGCUGCCUCCUAGUGGUCACUGAUACACAAAGCAACAAGUAACAGACCUUCAGUUCUGAAGGUUAAAAGCUGUUAUUUCACAGGUCGUGGUCACUUUUCAGCCAUUUGGAAACAGAAGCCACUGAUGGGAAUCAAUCUUAAACAUUAAAAGCUCAGCGUGAUUGUUUAUUGGUGGGGGAGAAGCUGAUAAAGCCUCGUCUGUGUGCCGUUCUUUCAGAAUAAAAGAGUUAUGAUCUGCAUACACUGUUACUGAUGACACAAGUUUUAAAUAAAGUCCAGUUUGUUAAAGUUUCAUUCCCAUACAGUUCAGCCUUGUUUCCAGAUGUGACUUUCAUGUAAUCACAGGACAGUGGAGCCUGUUUGAGUUGGUUCACCAAACUUCCCCUCUUCUAAAAGCAAAUUUGAAGCAAUUGGGAAAGUGUUCAUUUUUAAUCGCUGUAUUUUUUUUUUUUUAAUCUUGUUCGGCGGCCUUGUGCAGGAGCAAAGUCACUCUGUCCUGAGCAGCUUUGCUCCCUGCAGGUGGAGAAGCGAUCGCUGUAGCAUGUUAAAGUGCAGGUAGAAGUCUGUGGAACAUCGUACUGUCGUCCUCAUCAGCUGUAAUCGUGCCUUCUGUCGGUGUGGUCGAACGGCCCUGCUGUUUCUGAUAAUGUAACUCUGGUGUACGGUGUCUUCGGCGCAAUCCGACACAUCACUGUAGUGUAUAUUUUUUUGUGUAAACUGAAGUGAUCUGCUCGUGGUUGACGUCGGUCUGUUGCCAGCUGGAAUUAAUCAGGCCUUACGAUUUCAAAAUCACAUUGAGUGUCUUGACUGGAUCACGUCCACAACACCAGCGAACAGAAGCACACGUUUUAUGUACUCAAUUUUGGGUUUUUUUUUGGUUUUUGUUUUUGGUCUCUGCAAUACAAAGCAUUGUUCAAACCAAACUAGAGUGUAUUGCUUAAAAAGUAUCCACAGGAACCAUUUCCAGGUUAAAAACCAGUCGUUCUCAGAGAACACACGUGAAUGUUGCAAUAUAUCGUAUGUUUGUUGUUUCAUCAGGUACCAAAUGUGUUUUCUGGCUGGUUGUGUUGUAUUUGUAGGAUUGUGAUUUAAGUGCUUGUGAGUUGAAUUCUAUUUUUUAUUUAUUUUUCUUUUUGAACGUGGACAAACCAAAGGGUGAGACGAGCUCUACCGGUUAAGUCUCGUUGGCCCAGACUGAAGCAGGAGUGUUCCGUGUGUUUUAUCUGAAUAAAGUCAAGUAGAGAAUGUGAA